UCGUCUCGUCUCAAAUUAUCUUUAAACCGGCGUUUUUUCCUUUUUAACGAAGACGACCAAGCCUUUCCGAGAUGUUGGGGGGACAGUUUACUCGAAAUCUUGCUUCGUCUCUGACAAAAUACCGUCGGCUUCUUCACAGAUUGUCAGGCAAGGUUCAGAGUAUGGAUGGGAAUAGCGAAGAACGAAUAACCCGUGUUCUUUUUUGUGGGCCACAUUUUUCGGCUUCUCAUAAUUACACAAGAGAAUAUUUGCGAAAGUACCCCUUUGUCCAGGUUGAUGAGGUUCCCAUUGAUGAUGUGCCUAAUUCUAUAUCAAAGUAUCAAAUUUGUAUUGUGAAAAACAUGAAGCUGGACUCAAAUGUUAUCUCUCUUGCAACUGAAAUGAAGCUUAUAAUGCAGUAUGGUGUUGGUCUGGAUGGUGUUGAUAUUGAUGCUGCUACGAAGUAUGGAGUCAGAGUUGCUAGGAUCCCAAGUCAUGUAACUGGAAAUGCAGCAUCAUGUGCAGAGAUGGCUAUAUAUCUGAUUUUGGGCCUUCUUCGAAAGCAAAAUGAGAUGCAAAUUGCAGUAAAGCAGAGAAGGCUUGGAGAACCAGUUGGUGAAACGCUAUUUGGAAAAACUGUCUUCAUUAUGGGAUUUGGAAAUAUCGGCAUUGACUUGGCAAAGCGUUUGCGACCUUUUGGUGUGAAAAUUAUUGCUACAAAACGGAGCUGGGUGGCACAAUCACAAGACUCUUGCCAGUCUAAAGAUGUUCCAGGUCCAAAUAGCACCUCAAAUGAUUUGAUUGAUGAAAAAGGUGUUCAUGAAGAUAUUCACGAGUUUGCAAGCAAUGCAGAUAUCAUCGUUUGUUGCUUAAAUUUAAAUAGUAAAACGGCUGGCACUGUAAACAAGAAAUUUAUAUCUUCAAUGAGAAAGGGUGCCCUUUUAGUAAAUAUUGCUCGAGGAGGUCUUCUGGAUUAUGAGGCUGUUCUUGAUCACCUCGAGUCUGGCCACUUGGGAGGCUUGGGCAUUGAUGUUGCUUGGACCGAGCCAUUUGAUCCUAAUGAUCCAAUUUUGAAAUUCAAGAAUGUUUUAAUCACGCCUCAUGUUGGUGGAGUUACAGAAGGUUCUUACAGAUCCAUGGCUAAGGUUGUUGGCGAUGUUGCUCUUCAACUUCACGCAGGCAUUCCUUUGACGGGGAUAGAAAUUGUCAACUGAUAACAGUAAAGAGAAUUGUUUGUUGUGCAGCAAUAAGCUCAAGUGGGGAGGGCUUGAGGGGAUUUCUAAAAGGAGUCAGGUGAGGAGUAAGGCCUGGUGGAUAUUGGGUUACAGCGGAGUGGGAGUGAUUAAGAUGAUUAUAAACCUCCCAAAUCUAAUGAUGAAGUCACUUUUUUUUUUCUUUUUCUUUUUUUUCUUUUUUUUUUGGGUUUUGAAAGAACCAAAACAACCUUGUCCUCUUGGCGCUUCGUGUAAAGCCAGCCUGAUCCAAGAACAACUCUAUUAUUAUUGCUGUCAUUCUUGUGUGCUUCUUCGACGCAAAACGACUCGUCUUCAUCAACUUCCUUGAAUUUCAUCAAGUUUGUCGUA